CAUUAAUGCCUAUUAAUGCUGUUGUAGUUUAGUUAGUUGUUAAGCUUACAGUUUGUACGUUUUUGUAAAUUUUUAAGUAGAGAAAGCGAAAUGCACAGCAUCGGUUGGGCGCUGAUUAUAAAACGUGGCUGUUUUUGCAGUAAAGAGACACUACAUAUCAAUGGCUGCCGCUACACAGUGCGAGAGCGACUGGCGCAAGGUGGUUUCAGUCUGAUUGACCUGGCAGAGAAUGGUAUUACGCAUCGCAGUUAUGCGAUUAAGCGCAUUACAUGCCACAGCUUGGAUGAUCAAAAUAUUGCACUACGUGAAAUUGAAAAUUAUCGAAAAAUUGAAUCGCCCCAUGUCAUCAGCAUUGUGGACUACGAGCUAAAAGGACAGGCCGAUAUUGUUAUCAACACAACAAGCAUUUUGUUUAUAGUGUUGCCUUACUAUAAGCAUGGCUCUCUGGCAGAUCACUUGCAGCUGCGGGCGCGCAAACAAGAUCACAUGCCUGAGGCGCAGAUUCUGCAAAUAUUUUUAGGCAUCUGCGAGGGACUCAGAGCGAUACAUGAGUCGAAACCUGUACCACUGGCACAUCGUGAUCUAAAGACUGCCAACAUCUGCCUUUCGGAUUCGUUUGAGCCUAUCAUUGUGGAUUUGGGCUCUAUGACAGAGGCACGUAUGCAAAUCUGCGGUCAAUCCGAUGCACAGCGGCUGCAGGAUGAGGCCGAGGAGCGAAGCUCCAUUGUUUAUCGGGCUCCAGAGCUGUUUACGGUUAAAACCUAUUGCACCAUCGACGAGCGUACAGAUAUCUGGAGUCUGGGUUGUGUCUUGUAUGCCAUGUGCUUUUUUAACAGUCCAUUCGAUCCCAUCUACGAGCGUGGCGAUAGCGUUGCUUUGGCAGUACUUAGCGGGAAUGCAAACAUUCCUGAAGAUUCAAUCUACACAGAGGACAUGCAUGAACUGAUAAAAUAUAUGCUACGUAUAGACCCUAUGGAGCGGCCGUUCAUCUAUAGCGUCAUCGAGCAAACGCAUGAUCUGAUACAUAAGCUUGAGGGACGAGUAUGAUUCUCUCCACAAUUCCAAUUCAAUCUUGUACACCGUUAUACAUAAAUGUGUUUUGUAACUAAUUUGUAUUGUAAUAUAUAAAUAUGUAUAUAAUG